CUGUUUCAGUCAGUGUUUGUCACUUUGAUAAUAUGAAUAAAUUAGAUGUGUUGGACUUCUAUGUUUUAGAUUUGUUGGAUUGGAAGAAAAAAAUCGGAUGUUUUUUUAUGUUUAACUACGGGGGACACAUUUCACUGUUACACAGGAAGUUGCGCGGAUUGGAUUUCAUGCGGCACACGCGCCCCUUCCGGUCUCUUUUCCCUUAGCCACCGGACGAAAAUGACGAAGGGAACUUCCUCUUUCGGUAAGCGCCGGAACAAGACGCACACUCUGUGCCGUCGUUGUGGAUCCAAGGCAUACCAUCUGCAGAAGUCCUCCUGCGGCAAGUGUGGCUACCCCGAGAAGCGCAAGAGAAAGUACAACUGGAGCGCUAAGGCCAAGAGGAGGAACACCACUGGAACCGGCCGUCUCAGACACCUGAAGGUCGUCUACCGCAGAUUCAGGAAUGGUUUCAGGGAAGGCACCACCCCCAAACCCAGACGUGCUGCAGUGGCCGCCUCCAGCUCAUCCUAAAUGCACAUUUUUGUUUAAAUAAAUGUGAUGUUGAACAGGA